GCAUGGCCAACCACCAUCAUCAGUAAGAGUUGCUUGAAAUAUUAAAGAGAAGAGUGAUCAGGAGAUGGCUACGGCUCAAGUUCAGCUCCCACACGACCUCCAGGCCGUUCUGAAAGGAGGAGACCCGCAGAUUCACGCCUCCUUCGACUGUCUGAACGAACAGCGCAAGGGUAGAAAAGUAAUACGAGCAAGGGAGCUCACAAUCUUUCAGGGAGAUGAUCCAAGUUGCUGGAAAUGGAUUUUCAUGCCAGACACUAAUGGUGCUCGGGUUGAGGUGGCUGAAUCAUUGGAAAUCGAUGUUCUUGACGUGUGCAAGAAAUUCCCUGUUCAACAGCUCACUCCAUCGAAGUAUCACCUUGUUUACUUUGUGUUAAGGAUGGAGGAUACAGCAUUUGGAUUUGAAGGUCAUCCAGUGACCUUUAAACUCCUCGUUCCCGGCCAAAAACCUAUUGAACGCAAACAGGAUUUGAGUAAGUUGCCAAGAAAAACAUGGGCAGUGGUCCCAGUUGGUACGUUCUAUGGAGAUCCCGGAAUGGCUGGGGAAUUGAAAAUCUCAAUGUCUGAACACGGUGCCCAGUCGAAGGGUGGGCUGAUUGUCAAUAAGCUCGUCAUCCUGCCACUGGAGGAGGAGUAAGAAUUACGAGAAUCAACGACGAGACGUUUGUGAAACUAAAAGUUUCUAACUAGAUACUAAAUAAAAUCGUCUCGUGUUAAUCCUACUUGUAGCUUCUCUUCUAUUGUAAUAAAUAAAAUGUGAGAGAUAAUAAAACUAAGUUUAAUAAAA